UCCAAGACUCCAAUGAUAUCAGAGCAUCCAUAGGAAGAGGAGGAAGGCAUCCUUUGCCCAAACAAGGAUCUUGCUUCCUGGGGUUGUGUGUGUGUGUGUGUGUGUGUGAGAGAGAGAAAGAGCUUUGCACACCCCUCCCUCCUGCAGCAAUCAAUGAGAGACAAGCACACAGCACAGUGCUCUCUGCAGCCUCCGGCACAACUUACACAACCGGCUAUUGGGAUUCUUGUCUCCAGCAUCGCACCUGCCUCACGUCUGGAGAUUCACGUAUCCAAGGGCACCUUUAUUCCCGCCAGCCUCCUCCUUGCUUCAAUAGCCUGGCAUCUACUUCCUGGGCUGCUCGGAUGUGUUCCCAAAUCCCCUUUCCAACCAAGGAUGGGCACAGCUGUCUCCAAGAGGAAAGCGCUGAGAAAUGACCCCAUCUCUAAUGUAGCAGCCAAAGUUCGAGCUGCUCGUGCUUUCGGGGAGUAUCUCUCACAGACCCAUCCGGACAGCAGGAACGGCUCAGAUCACCUCCUUGUCCAAGAGGAUUCCCCUGAAAUGCUACAGGCCUCCCAAAACAAACGGCGUCUGUCCUCCAUCUCCGACAGCAAACUAGACAGGAGCUUCUCAGAAGAACGUGGGGAGAAGCUUCCCGGCGAGGGAUCCAAACCUCUGGUGUACACCAUCUCCGGGGAGAGGCCCAUGCUUUCCGACCAUGAGAGCGACAGCAUGGAGCUGGUGGUGAUGAAGGACGGACAUGAGGAGAAGCACCACCAUUCCCACCACCAUCACCAUCCACUGCAGAGCUCAGGCAGUGCCCACAACAUCGCCAGGCCAUGUAAAAGCUGGUCAGGGAGCAGACAGAACUCUAAGGAAUGCCCCAGCUGUACCAGGCUAACGGUACCCACCCAGCACUCGUUUGAUUUGGAGCAACACCAGGCCAGCGAAUCAGGUUGGCGCAGGAAGAAGCUAGAACGCAUGUACAGCAUUGACCGAGUGUCUGAUGAUGUCCCAGUGAAGACAUGGUUUCCUAAAGAGAACCUUUUUACCUUUCAGACGGCCACCACAACUAUGCAAGCUAUCUCGGCCUUCCGUGGCUAUGCCGAGAGGAAAAGACGGAAGCGAGAGAAUGAUUCGGCAGCGGUUAUACAGAGACAUUUCCGCAAACACUUACGAAUGGUCGGCAGCCGGAGGAUGAAGGCACAAAGUAAGGAUUCGGCCUUUGCCGAUCGCAGGGAGAGGAGCUUCAGCCGGUCCUGGAGUGACCCCACCCCGGUCAAGAUCGACUCCAUCCAUGACUCCCGAGAAAGCCAUGAUCUUCAGAAUUCUUCCGCCACUCUGAACGAGGAAUGCGACUCCAACUGGGAGGCAGAAAAGGAGAUGGAAAUUCAGUCAUGCGAGGGGGACGAUUUUAUCCCUCCAAAGAUUAUGCUAAUUUCAUCCAAAGUCCCCAAAGCCGAAUACAUUCCCACCAUCAUCCGGAGAGACGACUCUUCCAUCAUACCCAUUCUCUACGAUCAUGAACAUGCCACAUUUGAAGAUAUUUUGGAGGAAAUCGAGAAGAAACUCAAUAUAUAUCGGAAAGGCUGCAAGAUCUGGGAGAUGCUUCUUUUUUGCCAGGGCGGGCCUGGGUAUCUGUACCUGCUGAAGAACAAAGUCGCUACGUUUGCUAAAGUAGAAAAGGAAGAAGAUCUCAUCCUAUUUUGGAAGCGGCUGGGUCGGCUUAUGAGUAAAGUGAAUCCAGAAGCCAAUGUCAUUAACAUCAUGGGCUGCUAUGUGCUUGGGAACCCCAACGGAGAGAAGCUCUUCCAGAACCUAAAGAAUCUUAUGACCCCCCAUCGGAUCGACUUCAAGUCUCCACUGGAGCUUUCUGCACAAGGAAAGCAACUGAUUGAGAGAUACUUUGAUUUCCGAAUGUAUCGCUUAUGGAAGACUCGUCAGCACUCAAAGCUGUUGGAUUAUGAUGAUAUUUUAUGAGUCGAAGGAAACAACCCUUCAAGAAAGGGGGCAAAGUAUCUGGAUGACGCCACCUCUUGGGAGUAACUCUUUUGCUAUUUACUGGUGGCAAGAUGAGCCCAUUUGGAUCUUCAGGAGAGAAGAACAAAUGUAGCAGCUCAAGAGAGAUUCAGGUGAAUGAGGAGGGUGAAGUUCUCUAUGGUUGACCAGUUGGGUCAAGUUGCUUCAAGGCUUGCCGAGCCGGAAGACAAGUGUGUAGAGGGUCAGGAAUCAGAAGCCUUCAUAACACUGAGCUCCACGAAUUCAGGGCAAAUGAAAAAGGAUCUGUAUUUUGAGAUCCUUUCAAGACUUUAAAGCUCAGGUUUUUUUAAGACAAUAACAUUGCAGCGUCUUGCACUAACACGUGAGGACUCACAAGCCUUCAAAGAACAUCACACUCAACUCUUUUUACAUUUGUAGCAAAACCAGGUGAUCCUUUGAUACUUGGGUGAAGUUGAUGAUGAUGAUGAAGAAGAAUCAUCAGCCUGGCGCCAUUUUGUUCUGCUCAGCCAUUGAUAAGUGAAAGCCAAUCAAUAUUACUUCAGUGAAUAACGAGUGGAAGUAUUAUAUAUAUAUAGCGAUAUUUACAGUAUCUACACAUAUAUAUCUAUAUCUUAUUGAGGGGUAGCUUUUUUGUGAGGUCGACUUAGGAAAUAAGUGCAAUAUUUUUUUUUCAUAGUACAAAUAGCGUUUUUCAAUUGUUAGACAACGUUGCGGGUGGUUAGUAGGGUCCAUGUGGGAUACGGUCGUUGGGCAUCUUCCACGGGAAUAUCACCAGCAACCCUAACCAGCCGCAGACUUCUCAAUGGCGGAAUCUGUACAUACAUCCAAAGCCCCAUUGCUUGGUCCAGUAUAAACCAAGUGUGUAGAACAUUGACUUGCAGUAGCUUCUCCUUGCAAUAUAAUAGGUACCACUUUGUAGUCGUUGGUAGGACUUCUCUGUGUAGGACUGGUAGGACUUCUCUAUGUAAUCACUAGUUGAUAUCUACUUAUUUCUAUAUACAAGUUGACUGGCCUGCAUAAAGGCUUGCCAUAUGUAAUUUUACUUUAGAUCAGAGCUCAGGUUUGGUAGAUCUUUAUAAAUAUAUAUACAUAUAUACAAAUUAAGCAUUUUCAUAGCUAACACCCCAGAACUUUGCUGUCUCCCCCCUAAUUUUGGGGGUUACGUUGUUUUUAUUUUUUGUAAAGACAGCGAGGCCUAUCUCCUCCCCCUUUCCUGAUAUUGUGCAUUGAUUCAUCAGUAAUAUAGAACACGCUAUUGCCUGCUAUUUUAGCGACCGGGCUUUCUAGGGCUCCACCACCUCACUCUAUAUUGUAAAUGUCUACUAGACGGUGCUCGGCCAGGUUUAUUUAAUGGCCAAACCACUGCGCUUCAUUUAGCCUAAAGUAGAAGGAGGGCGAGUCCCUAGAAGCGUAGUAGCCACGGUCAUGUUUCAGUCUGGUCCUUGAGUCUUUAUCUUCAAACGUUACGUUGGGCUCCUAUGGAAUCCCAGUUGACUUUUCUGUUGAGGGGUUCCAAGGUUGAUUGAGACACAGUAGUGAGGCUCAUCUGCACAAAAGGGGUCGCAAUGACUUCAUUAACAUGGAACUGGUGCCUUGUUGAACACUACUCGACUCAUUCUUCAUGAUUCCAUCUUCCACUCAAUGGUCCAUAAGAAGCCAACGGUGGUCACACUUACCUUAACCCCACAAUCAGCAAUUCCAUCAUUAUGUCACCAGAUUAGCUUUAAAACAUAUUUGAUGGCAUUUCUUUUGUCAAAACUGCACUGACCGUGGAAAGAAAACCUUCACAGCUUAUAACAUAAAUCCUCAAACAGAAUUUGAGUAGUUCUGUUGGAUAUUGAAGAUGAAUUUAAUAAUUUAAUACAUAAUCAUUUUAAGUGAUCUAAAAUUCCAAUGAAAACUUAAAACAGUAGGAAAAGGGCAGUGCCCAUUCCAUUUUGACUUUAUUCUGCCCUUUUUUUACUUUGUGAAUCCCUAAUUGUAUUUUUUUUAUGGAAUCAGAAUUUGUUGCUCUAAGGGGCAGAUUUAUCACAUCCAAGACUGUUCUUGACUAGAAAAUUAAAGUUUUUCAACCUUAUGAAGUGCAAAUACAUAAAUAUAAACGAUCGGGGGCUAAAAGCAAUUUUUAAAACUGAAGCUAUUUCAGAAUAAUAUUUUUGGUUGAAAUAAAUUUGCCCGACUCGUUAAAAAUGAAAAGUAGAACGUGUUUUGGCAUAACUGAGUAUUUCUACACGAUUGGUAAUUGACUUUUCAAGGUUCAAGUCCAAAAUAAACUAGAAAUCAAGAUUUUCAAAUUUGGAUAAUUUGGUUCAAAUGUCGAUAAAUCUGCCUCAGAAUCUGGAUUUAGAGGGUUUUAUUUCAGUUUGAAGUUAUUAUUAUUAUUUUUUUUUUGGAUUUCGACUAUUAUCCUCCGCCCGGAAUGAGAAUGUUAUAAAAUCGAGAUCUGUUUUGGUGUGAGUUAUAUCCUCAUGCACACUUUUCAAAUAAAAUAUUAUAGUAAAUAUAUAAAUUUAGUGAAUUUAAGGUAGUGGUGGUUUUUCCAUGUAAUGUACAUGUACAGUGAGGGAAAGAGAAUAUCAUGUACAGAAUAUAGAUUGGAUCUUUCCCUUGCGCAACACAAGUAAUAGUCUGACUUUUGGAAGUUUGGAGGCUGAAUAUAAAUUAUUUGGUAAAAAAUUUCCCUGAUUUAUAUAAAGUAACAUAAAAAGUGAAAUCAUCUUUUUUUAAUAUCAUUUUUGGGUAAAGCCUUAACAUUAUUCCAUUUUAUUUGGAAUGCCAAGUUUGGAAUGAAAAGUUAGGAAAAUUUGGAAUUUGCAUUUUAUAUUUGCAAAAAAAUUCUCGCUUUCAGUUACACGACUAAGGUUUUAGAUUCAGUGUGGGCAAAUUUAUUACAAUUUCUGGGUGGGGCACCUCCGCACCAUAAACAGUGCUUGAAAGAGAUAGAAGACCGCAGACCCAACUCCUUCCUCUAAAUGCUUUUUUUGGGGUGAGUCUCACAACUUUUGGGGUCAGCCAAUCUUUAGGAAAGCAUUGAUGCACAUGGUCUACUCUUUGGUGGUGCACCUUCACACCUCAAUCGUACAUACUGCUUCAAAUGGAUAGAAGACCAUAGACCAACUCGUUCCUUUAGUUGUUUUAAUGGAGAAUCACACAACUUUUGAGGUUGUCCAAUCCUUAGGAAGGAAUUGAUGCACAUGGUCAACUAUUGGGUGGUGCACCCUCACACUACAAUUGUAUGUACUGCUUUGAAGAGAUAGAAGACCACACACCAACUCCUUCCUCUAGAUGCUUUAUUAGGGUUUCACAACUUUUAGAGUCACCCAGUCCUUAGGAAGAAAUUGGGGCACAUGGUCUCCUCUUUGGUGGUACACCUUCACACCUCAAUCGUAUUUGCUGCUUCAAAGUGAUAGAACACCAAACACCAUCUCCUUCCUCUAGAUGCUUUAUUGGGGAGUCACACAACUUUUGGGGUUGGCCAAUACUUUAAUUAAUUGAUGCACAUGGUCUACUCUUUGGUGGUGCAUCUUCACACCACAAUUGUAUGUACUGCUUUGAAGAGAUAGAAUAGUACACACCAACUUCUUAUUCCUUUAAUGGGGAGUCACACAACUUUUGGGGUCACCCAGUCCUGUGAAAAGAAUUGGCAUGUGUCUACUAUCUAUUUGAAGCAAUGGAUUGAAACUAGAGCAGAAUAUGAGUUGCAUGGGGAUAGGGGCAUCAACAGGAAGCAUUUAAGGGUCUUCACUGAAGACAGAUAAAGUAUUUUCUGUAUUAUUAGUUAUUAAUAUUAUAAAAAGAGAGAAUUUAACUAUAUGUAUAUCGUGGGUGUUAACACCCAAUAGGCUUCCACAAUAUGUUGGGUGUUUAACCACCAGAAACAUGUAUGUAAAUAUGUCUAUUUAUAGGUAUGUGAACAUGCUAGUCAGAAAUAAAUGGAGAUCUAGUAAUAGAGAAAAUGUACCUCCAUGAUUUCAUUGUAGCUGAAAUGUAGAGUUGGGGCCUUGGCAGGCAAUCUUGUAUUUACUAAUGGGAUCACGGGAUGUGGUGACUGUUACAGAAGAGGAGAACAAGUAGUACAAGGCUUCAUACCAACAUCAUCAGAGCACAAAAACCCUGGGUAUUUGGGCUGGAAAGAUGUAGAAGCUAGACGUUCUAGGUUUAUCAAAAGUUGCGACAUCUAGAACGUCAACUUAGAAACUACCAGUGUAGUGACCACCCAUUGUUUAACCUUCCUCCCCCCCCCAGUGCUGGGCGUAUAUAUCUAACUAGCAGUUAGGAACAGGCAUGCCCACCCUAAUGGAGGUCCAUCCGUCGUUGAUUUCCGUAGAGUGCCGAGAGUGUGAUUUUCUAACCUUUCCAAAGUGCAAAUUAGCCAUGUGACAUUUGGUGGGCAGCGUGGGGCAAAUCCUCUCGCUGUCAUUUCUUAAUAAAAUCUGUUGAUUUAUUCA